AGUUUUGAUCUGGUCCAAAAAGUAGUGUCUUGGUCUUGGACACAGCGCGCGGAAUUCUAUUGCCAGGAACGUCGUUACUGGAGGAGAAUCAGCUAUGAAGAAGGCAAGAAAAACUAAGGAGGCUGCAAGAUCAUCUAAGAAUAUUAAUGCUAAUGAGAAAAAUGUUCCGGUACAUCCCCCUGCAUCUACGCGAAAGCGAAAGGCUGCCUCCUCUAAUGAAUCAGAGGUGGUUGAUGAUUCCAUAGAGGAUAAACCAUCUGUUGAUGUUGUUGUAGACGACAUCCAAGCUGUGGACGAUACAAAUGUUGGGACCAUCAUCUUAGUUAUAGACGAUACAAAUGUUGGGGCAAGCGUCUCAGCUACAGACGAUGUUGGGGUCGAUGCCAAAGUGACACAGCCUUUUCCAGGAGGGUGCACAGAUACAUCGUUGCUGAAGAGUUGUAUGAGUCACGUUGCUGCUGCAGUUUGGAAUAAUGAGGAACGUGGUCCGCUAAGGUGCAUGUCCAAGUGGAAAACACUGAAAGAAUGGAAAUGGCAGGACAAGCAAAAUAAUGACACUUAUAGGAGGAACAUUACAGAAUCAUGUUUGUUACCACUGCUGGAGUGUACUUAUCGAAUUUUUGAUAAGAUAGUGGUCUCUGCUUUUGUUGAGCGCGGGCAGCCGGAGACCUUUCACCCGCUGUUUGGUGAGAUGACCGUUACUUUAGACGACGUUUCAAACCUCAUAGGUAUAAGAAGAGAAGAAAAGAAAAACUGUAUGGUUUCAUAUAUAUCAAAGUCGUAUCUUUAUGUAGAUUAAAAUUUUAUCGAUUUCAAAUUUUCUUUUUCGGGGUUCC